AUGGACGAGGGUAUCAUAGUAGUCGCUGAUCCAUGGACGGCGGAAGAUGAGGGAAAAGAGAAAACCCGAAGGCUUGAGCUCACAAGUCGGUCGACGUCAACUUCGCUUCUCGACAUCAAGAUACACAAUAUCAACUUCAACAUCGACAACAUCGAGACAGUUGAGCCAACGAUGUUCGGAUGCGUCCUUCUUCGCCUGUUGAAGCCAUGGAUUGGACCUGCAGAAACUAUGAGAUACCCCGAACAGCCCCUUCCUCUCGCUAUGAGGAUACGCUCUGUUCUUAUGGCCGUCUUGGAUUCGCGUCUCCUCGUCGACAAGGAGCCCCUGUUGCUCUGUGCCUUUAUAUCAUUUAUAGCUGUCACUCUUUCUGGUGCUGCUGCAGACUCCACGAUGAACUACGGACAGCCGAGUCCGCCCUACUCUACACCCCAGAGACUUCAAGGCGGCGGCCAUUUCAACCCAGGCUACGGUCAACCGCUGUUUUUCCCAAGGAGCUGGCAUGGCCCGCCACGGGGAGGCUGGGGCCGCACGCCUCCUCGCUAUCAUAGAUACAAUCGUCUAUACAAUCGUCCGCAGACGUUCUCUCAGCCUGUUCCGCCAUACCCAAACCCCCCUCGACUGCCUUACUACAAUUGGCAGAGCGGCAACUGGGCACGCUGGAAAGAAACCCCGUCGCCAACACUAUGUUCUUCACCGUUCCGAAACCGUGCCUCCAAGGGGAACAGCCUUUCAGCCCCUCAGGGAAGGGUUUCACGGAUGGUUUCAGAUGAUACACAGGAGAACGCGUUCAGCGAGAUCAUGAAUGGAGAAUUUGACUUGAAGAAAUCCCCGUUGUCUCUGGGUCGAAAGUUGGCGAACGUCAAUACAAAUUCGGCUGCGAAUUGGCUACUCAAUCAACCCAACCCAUUCGGCACCCCGACGCAGCCAGGGAAACGAGCAGCGUCUUCUCAGCUGACACCACCCCCUGAGACGUACAAGAAGUCUAACUCUUCGUCCUCUGGUCAGAGCAACUACCCUCCUGGCCCCAGCAAGGACGAAACUAUCACGGUUGGUCUCGGAUAUAGACAAGAUGCUCGAAACCAGGUGUCAUGGGAGCUAUCCCAUCUAGCUCAAUUAAUCCAGCAGAAUACGGAGCAGUCAACGGAGCUGGGGCAGAUUCUCUCCAUGUACCUGAACCAGAGACGACAGGAAAUAGGAAGUCAACGAGGCACAGAUCGCGGCUCUGAUCAGAACCCAGAACGGCCAGAGGAUGGAGAUGGCAUGCUCAGCCCAGGUCCGCAUGUUGCAAAUGGAGGCGGUGAUAGUCCAGAUCCCCCCCAUGAUGAUAAGAACACUUUCCGAGGACAUAUGAUAGACUGCGUUGAGAUGAACUCAGAGCCGAAUUCGGGAUCUAGCUCUGAUGCCGGAACUGGCUCUACCAAGGCAACUUCCAUCCGUCCCGAGCCACUAGAGCCAGAAGAAAAAGCUCUCAUCAGCGCGCUAGAUACGCUUCGAUGUCCAUCCAGCCAUACCAAUUCAGCAGAUCCAGAGGAUGAUGAGAAGCGAUGCAACCGCUUUGAGCGUAUCCCCGAGCGCGGAGGACUUAGCCGGAGGGCGCCAUCUCCAAACGGCAGUCCACCCGGAAAGCAGAUUGAAUUUGAUUUUGUGAGUACAGAUGUUCCCGAGAUCUCCAUUAACAAGGAGUCCAUCUGA